CGUCGCUCGUCGCGGCCUCGCCCUCGAGACGCGCGAGCGUCGACCCCGCGCUCGGGUCGAUCACGACGACCGCGGGCAGCGACGACGUCGGGAACAGUUUCACGAAGUUGGCGUAGUCCGUCGUGUUCGCGUCGAGGCGGAGCGCGACCCAUCGCGCGCGCGGAGGGACCCCCUCGCGGUCGCCGUCGCCGUCGCCGUCUUCGCCCGCCGCGCGCGUCUCGCCGCGAAUCUCGCGCGAAACCUCGGACGUCUCCGACGUCCACGUCUCGUCCAGCCUCGCGCUCGCGUCGUCGCCGCCGUGAAGCGCGACGAGGAGGGGGACGUUGUGCGCUCUCGCGAGCGCGAUCGCGCCGGCGACGUCGCCGUCGUAGAACGGCGACGCGCGGGGCUCCAUCGUGUGUGUCUGUCGAGGCGAGACUGAUAGGGCCUAAACGCAGAAGCUGGUCCAGCACCUCCGCGUCUCACCGCUCGCGCGCGGUCGGUUCCGUGCACAGCCUACGCACGUCGCGCAUCAUCUGUCAUGGCGCGCAUCGCGCACCUUCUCCUUCUCGCGCUCGCGCUGAGCGCGCUGUCCUCCCCUCGUCUCGCCCUCGGGGUGGACCUCUCUCCCGCGGCGCCGCACGCGCGCGCGGGUCGCGCGGAGCACACGUACCCGUACGCGUGGAGUGGAACGCACCCGCCGCACGCGCACGCGAGCGGCACGGCGCCACCGCCGCAUCAUUCGACGCCGCAUCCGCAUCACGACGGCGGCGAAGAAGCGCAUGUCGACGCCGCGUACGACUCGUCCCCCACAGCGCCAGGGGUAGACAUAGGUACACCUCACACGCCCGCGGCUGUGUGCGACACGACGCAGUUCACGGAACAGCUGCCCGAGUUACUUCCCAGCCUCAGGGUUUAG